AUGAGCUCUGUACGCAGUAGCCGCGGUACCAGCCUGGCUCCGCAGUCGACCGGCGAUACCCAAUAUAAUGUCCACGAUGCUGCCCUCCGCGGCGCCUCGCUAGCCUUCUCGAAGCCAACCACCCAAACAAAGCCAGAAGUAAACACGUACGUGGGAGGGAGCAACGGAGCGCUCCUUGCUGCAACCAAGGCUGGCACGCCUGUCCAAAGAGACUUGACAGGCGGCAGUUCGCGGAGUGUCAGGAGGCCGAAUGCAUCGCCUAUGCAGACACCAAGCAAGAACAACAGCUCCAACUCGCUCUCUGUGCCUCUUGAUCAAUUCGACCGGACACCGUCGCCGUCCAACAUUGCUGCCAAACUCGCUGCUGCCCGCCAUAGUCCCCUGCGGCCCAGACCUCAGCCUUCCAACAUGCCCAGGAUGAGCGAAAAGCAGCCCAACGAACAGGAUGUUCUUCCUCCUGCAGGCAGUGUAGGAAAUGUGCUGUCACGACUGGAGCCUAAGAAGCCUGUCCAGCCGCAGCAGAAGAGGAGAAGGAAUACACAACCAUAA